GCGGCGGCGCGACGAAGAGGAUGAUGAACACAUUGCAAAGUUUUUUUGGCCCCGGCGAGGGGUGUCAGAUUGAGUGCUCUGUGCGCAUGUGCGAAGGUGUCCAAACUGACAAUGCUAGGGAGAUGAAGAUAGUGUGUAGCUGCUUCUGGGCUCAAGGAGGAGGAGAGAGAUUCCGCGAGCCGACACCAUGCGAUCCAAGGCGAGGGCGAGGAAGCUAGCCAAAAGUGACGGUGACGUUGUAAAUAAUAUGUAUGAACCAGACCCGGACCUGCUGACCGGCCAGAGUGCCGAGGAGGAGACUGAGGACAGCAUCUUGUCGCCCAUCCCUAUGGGGCCGCCAUCCCCCUUCCCCACCAGCGAGGACUUCACUCCCAAGGAGGGCUCGCCCUAUGAGGCUCCUGUCUACAUUCCUGAAGACAUUCCAAUCCCACCAGACUUCGAGUUGCGAGAGUCCUCCAUCCCAGGAGCCGGUCUGGGGAUCUGGGCCAAGCGGAAGAUGGAAAUUGGGGAGAGGCUUGGCCCCUAUGUGGUGGUGCCCCGGGCCGCACUGAAGGAGGCCGACUUCGGAUGGGAGCAGAUGCUGACGGAUACAGAGGUGUCAUCCCAGGAGAGCUGCAUCAAAAAGGUCUCUGAAGACUUGGGCAGCGAGAAGUUCUGCGUGGAUGCCAAUCAGGCCGGGGUUGGCAGCUGGCUCAAGUACAUCCGUGUAGCGUGUUCCUGUGAUGACCAAAACCUCACCAUGUGUCAGAUCAACGAACAGAUUUACUAUAAAGUCAUCAAGGACAUCGAGCCUGGAGAAGAGCUGCUGGCACACGUGAAAGAAGGUGCCUACUCCUUGGGUGUUGUGGCACCCAGCCUGGAUGAGGACCCCACUUUCCGUUGCGAGGAGUGUGAUGAGCUCUUCCAGUGCAAACUGGACCUGAGGCGCCACAAGAAGUAUGUCUGCAGCUCUGCAGGGACCCCGCUCUACGAGGGCCUCGGGGAGGACCUCAAGCCCGAGGGCCUCAGCCGGGGCAACGAUGGGCAAGCUCAUGAGUGCAAGGACUGCGAGCGGAUGUUCCCCAACAAAUACAGCUUGGAGCAACACAUGAUUGUCCACACAGAGGAGCGUGAGUACAAAUGCGACCAGUGUCCGAAGGCCUUCAACUGGAAGUCCAACCUCAUCCGCCACCAGAUGUCUCACGACAGUGGCAAGCGUUUCGAAUGUGAAAACUGUGUCAAGGUGUUCACGGAUCCCAGCAACCUCCAGCGUCACAUCCGCUCACAGCACGUUGGUGCCCGGGCCCACGCCUGCCCCGACUGCGGCAAGACCUUUGCCACAUCCUCCGGCCUCAAACAGCACAAACAUAUCCACAGCACGGUGAAGCCAUUCAUAUGUGAGGUCUGCCACAAGUCCUACACGCAAUUCUCCAACCUGUGCCGGCAUAAGCGGAUGCACGCAGACUGCCGAACUCAGAUCAAGUGCAAGGACUGUGGGCAAAUGUUCAGCACCACCUCCUCCCUCAACAAGCACCGGCGCUUCUGUGAGGGCAAGAACCAUUACACGCCGGGCGGCAUCUUCACCCCAGGCCUGCCCUUGACCCCCAGCCCCAUGAUGGACAAGACAAAACCCUCCCCCACCCUCAACCAUGGGGGGCUAGGCUUCAGUGAGUACUUCCCCUCCAGACCUCAUCCUGGGAGCCUACCCUUCUCAGCCGCCCCUCCAGCCUUCCCCACGCUCACUCCGGGAUUCCCAGGUAUCUUUCCUCCAUCCUUGUACCCACGACCGCCUCUGCUACCUCCCACGCCACUGCUCAAGAGCCCCCUGAACCACGCGCAGGACGCCAAGCUCCCCAGCCCACUGGGAAACCCAGCCCUGCCCCUUGUCUCUGCUGUCAGCAACAGCAGCCAGGGUGCCACGGUGGCCGCGGGGCCAGAGGAGAAAUUCGACGGCCGAUUGGAAGAUGCGUACGUCGAGAAGGUCAAAGCCAGGAGCCCUGACAUGUCAGACGGCAGCGACUUUGAGGACAUCAACACCACGACGGGGACAGACCUGGACACCACCACGGGCACAGGCUCAGACCUGGACAGUGACGUGGACAGUGACCGAGACAAGGGCAAGGACAAGGCCAAGUCAUCUGAAAGCAAACCUGAGUUUGGGGGUGGAUCAGUGCCCCCUGGGGCCAUGAACAGUGUGGCCGAGGUGCCGGCCUUCUACUCCCAACACUCCUUCUUCCCGCCACCCGAGGAGCAACUGCUGACGGCCUCAGGAGCCGCCGGCGACUCCAUCAAGGCCAUUGCAUCCAUCGCUGAGAAGUACUUCGGGCCUGGCUUCAUGAGCAUGCAGGAGAAGAAACUAGGCUCGCUGCCCUACCACUCUGUGUUCCCCUUCCAGUUUCUGCCCAACUUCCCCCACUCUCUCUACCCCUUCACGGACCGAGCCCUCGCCCAUAACUUGCUGGUCAAGGCUGAGCCAAAGUCACCCCGGGAUGCCCUCAAGGUGGGCGGCCCCAGUGCAGAGUGCCCCUUCGACCUCACCACCAAACCAAAAGAGGCCAAGCCUGCCCUGCUCACACCUAAGGUCUCCCUGGUCCCCUCAUCUGGUGAGGAGCAGCCGCUAGACUUGAGCAUCGGCAGCAGGGCCCGGGCGAGCCAGAACGGAGGCAGCCGUGAACCGCGGAAGAACCACGUCUACGGUGAACGGAAGCCAGGGGUUGGCGAGGGGCUGGCUAAGGUCUGCCCAGCACAGCUGCCCCAGCAGCCAUCCCUGCACUAUGCCAAGCCCUCGCCCUUCUUCAUGGAUCCCAUCUACAGCAGGGUAGAAAAGCGGAAGGUGACGGACCCUGUGGGAGUCCUGAAAGAGAAGUACCUGCGGCCGUCCCCACUACUGUUCCAUCCCCAGAUGUCAGCCAUAGAAACCAUGACGGAGAAGCUGGAGAGCUUUGCAGCCAUGAAGGCCGACUCAGGCAGCUCCCUGCAGCCCCUGCCUCAUCACCCCUUCAACUUCCGGUCCCCACCCCCGACGCUCUCGGAUCCCAUCCUCAGGAAGGGCAAGGAGAGAUACACGUGCAGGUACUGUGGCAAGAUCUUCCCCAGAUCUGCGAACCUCACAAGACAUCUGAGGACACAUACUGGGGAGCAGCCAUACAGGUGCAAGUACUGUGACCGGUCGUUCAGCAUCUCCUCCAACCUCCAGCGGCAUGUGAGGAACAUCCACAACAAAGAGAAGCCGUUCAAAUGCCACCUGUGCAACCGCUGCUUUGGGCAGCAGACCAACCUGGACCGGCAUCUGAAGAAACACGAACAUGAAGGUGCACCAGUGAGCCAGCACUCUGGGGUUCUCACCAACCACCUGGGCACCAGCGCCUCCUCCCCCACCUCUGAGUCGGACAACCAUGCACUUUUAGAUGAGAAGGAAGAUUCCUACUUCUCCGAGAUCCGAAACUUCAUUGCCAACAGUGAGAUGAACCAGGCCUCUACUCGGAUGGACAAACGGCCUGAGAUUCAAGACCUGGACAGCAACCCCCCGUGUCCAGGCUCAGCCAGUGCAAAGCCGGAGGACGUAGAGGAGGAGGAAGAGGAGGAGCUGGAGGAAGAGGAUGAUGACAGCUUAGCCGGGAAGUCACAGGAGGACACAGUGUCCCCCACACCUGAGCCCCAAGGAGCCUAUGAGGACGAGGAGGAUGAGGAACCGCCCAACUCCCUAACCAUGGGCUUCGACCAUACCCGAAGGUGUGUUGAGGAGCGAGGAGGCGGUGUGUUAGCUUUGGAGCCGACGCCGACCUUUGGGAAGGGGCUGGAUCUCCGCAGAGCAGCUGAGGAAGCAUUUGAAGUUAAGGAUGUGCUUAAUUCCACCUUAGAUUCUGAGGCUUUAAAACAAACCCUGUACAGGCAGGCUAAGAACCAGGCGUAUGCAAUGAUGCUGUCCCUCUCUGAGGACACUCCUCUCCACGUCCCCUCCCAGAGCUCACUGGAUGCUUGGUUAAACAUCACGGGAGCCUCGUCAGAGUCUGGAGCCUUUAACCCCAUAAACCACCUCUGAGGUCCUGGAGGCCCCAGGGCCAGAAUCCAAAGCCAGGGUCCCAGCUGUGGGAGAUGGAGAAGGGGCCGGGGGAAGCGCCUUGACACCUUCAAUUUGCCUCACCUCCGCUUUCAGCCCCACCCACCGUGGCUCAAGUCCAGCUUCUCCAAUGAAACUCAGAACCUGAAGGUCCCUCGAGAAUCUGUUGACCUUCAUCACCUCUCAGAACUGGCCUCAAGGACAUGGUCUGCAGUGGUGCAGUGCUUGGUGGCCGCCCAGGAGCUGCUCACGGGAAGCUGUCUAUCGGAUAACUAGUGGGCAGGGGUGGAAUCUCUAUCCCAAUAGGAGCCAGUUGGCCGCAUCUGGGCAGCCGCAUGGUAUGAAGGAGGGGAAUGGAAACAAGUGGGUAUGUGCUACGGAGAGAGACCUCGCAAAUGAUUUUUAUAAUGAAAAUUACAUGAAUAACCCUUUUGGUAAUCUUAUUGACUAUAGAGUCUAUUUAAGCAUGUGGGUUUUAAAAAAUAGACAGUAUUUUUUAAAAAAUCAAAAAUGACUUGCAAAAUGUUUUUUAAAAGUAAUUUUGCAUUGCUUUGAAAUUUCAGCUUAUUGGCAAACCCACACCUGCCAGGACAUCGACCACUGCUUGGGUAUGCCCUUUAUAAUGUAGAUAAUGGAGAAUUUUCUAUCCCCGACCCUGUUUGUAUAAGCCAAGGUGAUUCUGGGUGCCCCCGACGCAGGAUAAAGGGCAUGGAGCCAUCUGAAUAGCAUGCUGACUACACAGGAAUUCUUGGUCAUGGUGCCUGCCUGCAGGCUUGUGGAGGCCAAGUCAGGGAGGUUGUCUUGCCCCAUGCGGCCUGCAGAGGAAUCCACUGGUCCCCACCCAAGACCCCCCAAUUGUAUGGGGAGGUCGGGAGCUGGUGGCUGAGGUCUUGCAUGCUGGACACCUAAUGGUUUCUCCCCUCCAGCAGCCCCAGCGCUGGCCCUGACUGCCACUCUUCUGAAGCCCGGGCUCUGGGCCGUAUCUAGGCCUUCAGCCUUCUACUCUUCCCAACCCUGGCGGUCUGAUGUCCUCCCCAUGGCCACUGAGCGUGGGGAACCUACCCGCCUGCUCCACCACGCCAGGAUGCCUAGCACUACCUGUGCCUAAGACUACAGAUCAACCGCAUAGCCGCCACUUCUGCUCUUUGUGUGGGUUCCUGGUGAGAGGUGGUCAGGAACAAGAGGAGGAUCCAGGGGACCUGCCACGCACAGAGCAGAGACAGCACAGCCCCUGGGACCAGAUGCCUCACUCCCUUGGGACGGUCAUGAUUGUCUAAUUCUCUGCUUGAAUGGGCUUUAAGUUAUUCCCAUAGGGGCCAACUUCAAAUAAUUUCUUUCUCCGAUGGAAUUUACCUUAAUCUGUAUAUAACUUGUAAUUUUUUUCUAAUUCAUUUCUUUCCUUAUUUUAUUUCUUCCUUAACAGUAUUUUUGGCAUUGGACAACUUAUUCUGAAGAAAUCAUGUCAAUCUAAGUAUGUAGUGAAGGACCAAAACCGUGUGAUAAGGUUGCGUGCUGUGUGAUCGGUAACCAGGGAGUGGGGCAGUUGUUAAUGUGCCAAAUACCCUGUGUCCCUCCCUUGAGGAGUCCUGCGGUCACCGCUGCCCGUUUACCAGACAAUCAUAUGAUUUUGUUAAAUUUGAGUUUUUAAAACAAGUGUUCUAUUUAUUUUAUUAUUUUGAAGAAAGAACAAAAAAAAAUGAGUAUCCCAACAAGAAAAGAAGGGGGAAACCCUUCCUGGAUUGCCCUUUAAAAAAAGAGAGAGAGAGAGAGAUAGUGUCAGUGUCAACAGCUGUGUGCAAGCGUGUCACACACUGGCAUGUCAGUGUCAACAGCCGUGUGCAAGCGUGUACAAGCAUGUCACACACGGGCAUGUCAGU